AUGAACCCCUACGUACUCACCAUUCUUUUGUCCAGCCUCGGACUGGGAACUACCCUAACUUUUGCCAGCUCCCACUGGCUGCUUGCUUGAAUAGGACUGGAAAUUAACACCCUAGCGAUUUUGCCCCUCAUGGCCCAGCACCACCACCCACGAGGGGUAGAGGCAACCACCAAAUACUUCCUGACCCAAGCUACUGCAGCAGCCAUAAUCCUGUUUGCAAGCACGACAAAUGCCUGACUCGUCGGAGAGUGAGACAUUAACAACUUAUCACACCCUCUUGCCGCUACAAUGGUCAUUGCUGCCCUAGCACUUAAAAUUGGGCUAGCGCCAGUCCACUUCUGAAUGCCAGAAGUACUACAGGGCCUGGACCUAUUUACGGGACUAAUUCUUUCAAACUGACAGAAACUUGCACCGUUUGCACUAAUCAUACAAGUGGCCCAGCCUAACCCCACACUCCUACGAACAUUACUGGGUACGUCACCUACGUGCGUUGGCGGCUGAAGCGGACUUAACCAAACCCAACUCCGAAAAAUUCUAGCCUACUCUUCAAUCGCACACAUAGGAUGAAUAAUUAUUGUAAUCCAAUACGCCCCACAACUUACCCUAAUUGCACUAGGAACAUAUAUUAUCAUGAGUUCCGCAGCAUUUUUAUCACUAAAAAUAGCACUAGCUACUAAAAUAAGCCCACUCGCAAUGAUGUGGUCAAAAAGCCCGGUUCUAGUAGCAACGACUGCUUUGGUCCUACUCUCCCUGGGAGGCUUACCUCCCCUGACUGGAUUUAUACCAAAAUGGUUAAUUCUACAAGAAUUGACUAAACAAGACCUGCCUCUCACGGCAACGGUGAUAGCUCUGGCUGCCCUACUGAGUCUCUACUUUUAUCUGCGUCUAUGCUACGCAAUGACCCUGACAGUUUUCCCCAGUACAGUCAACUCAAUCGCCCCCUGGCGGGCCCAAUCAACCCAAUUAACCCCUCCCCUGGCCCUCUCCACAACCAUUGCGCUAGGACUACUCCCUCUGACCCCAGCAGUCCUACUGAUGGCUACAUAG